AUGCAGCAUUACGACGAAGCGCAUCGUGUCAUCAACCACGGAGUCGGCGAGAACCACGUCAAGCGUCUUCACGUGUUCUACUUUCGUAAAUAUACAGUGCCUGUUUCGGUUUCUGAUAAUAAGUAUUUUGAUGUUACAGGACUAUCAAACGAAGUCAUUAACUAUUACUUACUGUCGCUUGCGGUGGCGGAUCUCUUCUGUGGUUUGUUCGUGGUGCCGCUGUCCGUGUACCCGGCCAUUACCGGUCGCUGGAUGUUCGGCGACCUGAUGUGCCGGUUGGUCGGUUACCUGGAGGUCACCCUGUGGUCUAUCUCCGUGUACACCUUCAUGUGGAUCUCGGUUGACCGCUAUCUCGCUGUCCGGAAACCUCUCCGAUAUGAGACGGUGCAAACCAGAACUCGAAGUCAAUGUUGGAUGAUAUUCACUUGGAUCUCAGCUGCUAUGCUAUGUUGCCCACCGUUGCUCGGCUACAAAAAGGAAGCAAACUUCGACAAGGAGACCUUUAUCUGCAUGCUAGACUGGGGCUCCACUUACGCUUACACAGCCACACUAGCUAUUCUCGUCCUAGGCCCGAGUGUGAUAUCUAUCGUAUAUAAUUAUUAUUAUAUAUUUGCUAUGAAACGGAAGUUGACCAGCGGUGUGCCAAUUCACGACAAAGAAUACGCAACUGCUCUUGCUGAGAAUCUGUCCAAUCCCAGCCAUUGCAUGAGUUUUCUCUUAGUGACCAUUUUUUGGCUCAGCUGGGCCCCUUACGCCGGGGUUAGACUCUAUGAAUACAUCACGCGUGAGGAAUUAAAGAUCCCAAUGUUGCACUUUGGCGUCGUCUGGGUUGGAAUAUUGAAUUCAUUUUGGAAGAUUGUCAUUUUGAUCUCGCUAAGUCCUCAGUUCAGGCUUGCGCUUAGAAUUUUGUGCCUCACAGCGUGCUGUUGCACCAAAGGACGUCUGCAAGCCGAAUUGAUUGGCUUAGAUAACGAUGACUGAACUUACAUCUUAUUAUGUUAUCGAGGUUACAGAAGUAUAUUCACUACAAUGCAUUUCUAAACGUUGUUACUUA